CUACAGAUUCAGUAUCUGACGUGUUACUAUCCCGAACGGAUCGUUUAGCUCGGUGAAGUGCUGCAGUCAGCAAAACAAAAUAAAAUAACAGCAAGGCAGAAAAGCGCUGGACCAACGGCAUUUGCAAGUGGAAAGGGAAAAAAUAAAAAUUUAAUGAAUAAAUAUAAAUGUAUGUGUAUAUGCACAUAGAGAUUCAGUGACGACACUCGCCACACCACUUUAACGCGCUGUUGUUGUUGUUGGUGCACAAGUAAAAAUAAUAAAAUAACAUUUUAGUUGCAAAAACAAAAAACACACACAGCAAAGCAAAUAGAAAAUAAAUAUAUAAAAGUUUUAAGUCCAUGUGGAGCAAGCGCCCCAUUACCGUGUUUGUGGCUAGACGCGUCAAGAAUCUGCGACGACGCGCACGUCUGUAGCGACGGAGUUUACUUAAAAAAUACAAACAAGUGAAAUUAAGUAAAUAUUUGCUGAGCAAACAAAGAAUUUGGCGAAUAGAACUUGCGACUUGCGAAAACAACUACGCGCGACAAGCGUUUGCAGCCAAAUUAGGUAACGGUAAAAAACGUGUGAAGUUAAAUUGAGCAAAUAACUCUAAGGGAUGUUUAAAAUUUUAUUUGAAAAAUAAAUAAAAACAAUAAACAAGUAAAUUGGUUUACGUGUUGCAUAUGCCACACUAAUAGAAAGUGCUACUCGAAAUUUUAGUGACAACAACAAAAAGUUGUGCAAACAACUGCAAUUUUUCAACUGCAAGCCACUUGCACAUCAACCAAAACCAUGCAUACACUUUUCACCGAUCAGAAUUCCUUCUCGCGCCAUUACGCGCAAACCGCCGGCUAUCCCAGCGCGGCCACCGCCGGCGCCAUGACGACGGCAUCCGCAGCGGCCGCGGCACACUAUGCCUACGAUCAGUAUUCGCGUUACAGCUAUCCGGCAAGCGCUUACGGUUUGGGCGCGCCACAUCAGAAUAAGGAGAUCGUGAAACCGCCCUACUCCUAUAUAGCGCUCAUUGCCAUGGCCAUACAGAACUCGGCGGACAAGAAAAUUACGCUUAACGGCAUUUACCAGUAUAUAAUGGAGCGUUUUCCCUACUAUCGCGACAACAAACAGGGUUGGCAGAACUCGAUACGUCACAAUCUCAGUUUGAAUGAGUGUUUCGUGAAGGUGGCGCGUGACGAUAAGAAGCCCGGCAAAGGUUCAUAUUGGACGCUCGAUCCCGAUUCGUAUAAUAUGUUCGAUAACGGCUCGUUUUUGCGACGGCGUCGUCGUUUCAAGAAGAAAGAUGUGAUGCGCGAAAAGGAGGAGGCCAUGAAACGGCAGGCGAUGAUGAACGAGAAGUUGGCCGAAAUCAAGCCGUUGAAGCUGAUGACGAACGGCAUUUUGGAUCACAAGCAUAUGGCAGCGCAUGCACACUUCAAGAAGGAGCCCAUUAUGGAACUAGGCUGUCUGGCGGGCAAAGAUAUGCACACCGGACUGAGCACCGCCAUGUUGAACUCAUGUCACGACAGUUUGGCGCAAAUGAAUCAUCUUACCGGCACGGUAGAGCAUGCCGGCUUUACCGUUGACUCACUCAUGAAUGUCUACAAUCCACGCAUACAUCACAGCGCCUAUCCGUAUCACCUGAACGAAGACAACUUAGCCGUCGCUUCGACGCAAAUGCACGCUCACCAUGCCGCCGCAGCGCAUCACGCCCAGCUGCGUCAUCAUCACGCCGCCCACGUUUCGCAUACGCACCCGCUAACGCCUGGCGGCCAUGCAGGUGUACAGCUGGGCGGCACAACCGCCUUAACAUCUGGCGCCUCACCCACAACGAUCUCAACGCCACAUGGACCAACACAUGGCGGCUGGUAUACACCUGAAACACCACCAUCCGAGCCGAUCGGUAAUGGCGGUGCUGGUGGAGGCAGCGGUGGUGUUACAAAUGCUGGCGCACAAAGCAAUAAUAAUAAUAAUAACAACAACAACAAUAGUAGCAAUAACAGUCAUAAUCAUAAUGGUUCAGCAGGUGUGCAUAUCGGCAAUCACAAUCACGCUUCAGUACUCACCGCUACCAGCAGUCCGUCGGCUGUGGUAGGUGGUAUCGUUACGGGUCACACAUCGCUGGGUUUCCGUGAUAUGCUCUUCGAGCAGAAUCAACCAUGCCAAAUGGAAACGGGCAGCCCGAAUGGCAGUCUACAAUCCGCCAGUCCACCGGCGAGCGCCAGCGCAGCAGCGGCCUCCGCAGCAGCCGCGGCGUCGGUGAUUAGCAGUCAUCAUCAUCACCACCACCAUCAUCUGAGCGGGAAUCUGGGAAAUUUGAGUAAUCUGAGCAACUUAAGUCAUUACCGUUCGCAUGUGAGCCAUUAUCAGGACUACGGCAUCAAAUAUGGCGUCUAAGUCACCCAGCAACUGUGUGCCGCUGAGUUUAUAAAAGUGGAGCGGUGCUUGUAGCUGUUUCAGCGUAACGGUAUUCCAUUCGCGAAGUGCACAUAGUUGGCGGUUACCGUUAUAAAUUAAUGCAUUUAAGUGACUGACACACUAGUUUGACUUGAAUGAACCGACACGCUUUCGCGUUAGCAACUGUAAUGCAACGAAGUUUAAUUACUUUAAGUAGUCGUUCUCAAUACACAGUUUAAGGUAUACGAAUUUAUAUUCUAAGUGUUAAUAAUAUUAUGCUGUAGGCUUACAUAAAUACAUAUUUAUUUUUAUUUUUUGUUUUUUGAUUGCAAACAACAAACUCAAGCUUCAAUAUAUUACACGUACAUAUUUACAUAUAUCUGUGGAUUUGUAUGCAAUUGUAUGCUUUGUGCGCCAAAAGGAUUUGAAAAUAAAUAUUUUUGAACUAUGAAAAAAUACAUUUUUUGAAGUGCGUUAAAUUUUUUAAGCAAAAAUUCAUCAAAAAUAUUACAUAAAUAGAAGUUAGUUAAAGUUAUUAUAUGGUACAUAUAAUUAAUUUUCAAUUAAUUGCUAUUCAUUUUACUUCUGAAAUUUUGUAUAUAAACAAAAAAUAUAAAAUUGUUUAUGUAAAAAGUAUAUAAAAAACUUUUAUAUAUAUAAAAUUUAUAUGUAUUAAAUUUUUUAUAAAAAAAAAAUUAUAAGAAUUUUUUUUACAAACUAAAAAAAAAUCUGAAAAAAUUAUUAACAUUUUUCAUUAUUUUUCACAAAAAUUAAAAUUGCUUGCAAAAAUUUCCGUUACAUUCACAAAGCGCACUUUGGCUACUGUAACAUAUAUUUCAUUUCUCACAAAAUGUGCAUUAAAAAUCCACAAAAGUAUUUCUAUACGUUUAUAUACAUGCAUAUAUAGAUAUAUAUAUGUACACACACUGUUAUUUAUAGACACAUUAUUUAAAAACAAAAUUAGUACAGAAUCGCAAUAAAAAGGCAAACAUUUACUUUUUAAAGCGGGCGAAAUGUGAGUGCGUCUCUGCACAUACCAUAAAUUAUACGCGAAAAACAUUUGUUGUUGUAUUUGAAAUAAGAAAAAAAAAAUUGUAAUAUUAAAUAAUAAUUAAAAUAAAUCGUUUUAAGUCCAUAAGUUUUAGCGAAUAGCAAAGAAAUUUUGUGAUCAUUCGAAAUAAAAUCUUAAGCCUUUUAAUUUUAACAUAAAUAAUUACACAUAAAAUAAAUAGAAUUGUUUGUAAAAAAAUAUUGAACGAGUUAUAAAACAAAACUAACUCUUAUAUAAUAAGUAGUUCUUAGUAGUACUUAAGUAUGGUAAUUACACUGUAAUCAUUACCUUUCUAUUUUUAAGUAAAUUUGAUCAAAAUUUCGCAUUGAUAAUAUACAUACGAGUACAUAGCUGAAAAUCUAUGCUUAUACAUAUAUAGGAACAAAAUUACAAAAAAUAUAUAACAGUAAAAAAUAUUACACUGAAGAAUUAUAAAC